AUGUGUAAAAAGAUUGUGGCAUUUUAUUAUGAAACUAACAAGCCUAAGAACGUGAGAGAGUCAACUGAGGGACUGAGAGUGGGAGUGGGAGGUCGUGCGAUUGAUGAUGUUUGCCACGUUGCUGUUUUAUGUGAUGUGAUCUUGUCGAGGGACCGUCCUUGUCACGUGACUCGAUACUCCAACCUACCUGCCACAUCACGUGCCACACCAAUAUUUUAUCAUCCCAUACCCAAAUUAACAAGAAAAAGUAAAGGGUUAAUGACUUAA